AUGGAGAAUCAAGUCGAACGCAUUGGCCGAGAGCUCUCGAGCAGUGACAAAGUUUCGAUCAUCCAACACCUUCAAGACUUCAUCAAGAAGGGCAAACUUCCUCGUGGUGCUUACAAACAAGCAGCAGAGCAACUGAACAUGAACCCCAAACCGUCGGACACGUUUGGCGCACUGUCCAACGCUGGCAAGGUUGGGCCCAAGCCAAUGUAUUCCACCGACCGCGUCCAACAGCUUGUUCAAGCCGUACCUGGCGACCAACAGUCCACCUUUCGCGACAUGGCGUCAGCUACCGGCUUGACCCUGGGGACCCUGAGUCGCCACCUUAAGAAGGUAACUUUGCAACGAUGCUCAACACGCGUCAAGCCGCUUCUGACGGAUGCGAACAAGGACGAACGCACCGCAUUUUGCUCGAAUUUGACGGCCUAUGGGACGUGGUGCACCUGGGCGAAAAACUACGUGAUGAACAAGGUCGUACCAGCAAUCAAGGCCACGUUUCCAAGCGCGAAUAAGCGCGUCAUACUGCAGCACGACAACGCGACUCCACAUAGGUCCAUCACGGACGCGGAACUGGCAAGUGUGUCGACGGGUGGGUUGACGUUCGUGAUGCGUCGACAGCCGCCCAACAGCCCUGAUCUCAAUGUUCUGGACCUUGGCUUCUUUGCCUCGAUCCAGUCCCUUCAGUACAAGAAGAUGAAUCGGACGGAGAAUGACGUGAUCCGUAACACCUUUGAGGGAUUCGACGAGCUAAACUACGAGAAGCUAGAGAACGUGUUCCUUACCUUUCAGGCAGUGAUGCGGCUGGUUCUCGAGCACGGCGGCGACAACCACUCUGCGUUGCCCCAUCUGAAGAAGGCAGCCUUGAGACGCGCUGGCCUACUGAUGUCGAACGUUACUUGCCCUGAUUCGUUGCUUUUGUAG